AUGAAUACUUUGAAUAGUAUGACAAAUCCUUAUAACAUGCCUUCUACACCAUAUGGUGGAAUCUUAGAUGCAGAUGGGUGCAGAAUGCUUGCUCGAAAGAUCUUCUCAACUUACGAUCUUAGCAAUAAAGGAUACAUCGAUGUAGUCGAUAUAGGAUCAAUGUUUACAGAUGCAUAUCGAUCCUAAAACAUUGUUACAAAGCCUAAAGUUAAUGAAACCAAUGGAUACAUGAAAGCUAUUAACAAAACUGCUUAAAAUCGAUUAACUUUGUAGGAUAUUGAAUAAUAUUGUUUAAGAAAGUUUUGCGGAACUUCCUAUCAAUUCAAGCAAUAAUAAUCAGUGAAUAAAUAACCAAAUUAUAUUGAAGAGCGUUUAUAAGUGGCGAGAACCUUAUUCAAAAAACUUGAUGCUGAUGGAUCAGGGUAUAUCACAGAGGAUGAAGUCUUUGAAAUUAUCAGGGAAACAUAUAGAUAAAUGGGUAUGAAAUAUGAACCAACAGCUGAUGAUGUGAGAAGUUGGAUACAUAUGACUGAUUCUGAUGGAGAUGGAAAAGUUACUUUAGAAGAUUAUGAAAAUUUAGUUUUGAAAUCUUUGCAAUAGCAAGCCAUCUCAUAUAAUUUAAGUUGA